CAAAAUCCAUCACAAUUUUUAUAUCCAUCUCUUGGAAACAAAUCGCACUGCCGUAGCCACCAGCUAGCUAGAGCCCGUCGCAACUUCUUCUACAAAGCCACACAAGAUGAUUCCUACAACGAUUUUCGUCCCCUGCAACCAAAAGGAAGAUGGCAAACGCCAUGAACUUGACUGCCGCCGAGAAUCCAAAGAAGAUACUAUGGCACUUGGGAGCAGCAAUCAAGACACUCUGCUCGGCUUGUGCACUACUGGUUUGUCUGGCUCCCAAAGCACGCCCAACCUGACAACGCGAGAAAUGUCCCGGUGGGGUGGCGGUGGUGGUGGACGCAACGAUGAAGAUCAGAGAAACGCGACUGGCCCGUUGUUGCCUCCAUUGGCUCUCUCAGCAGGGAGGAGGAGGGGAUCCAGCAUGACCCUGCCACCAUCUGCCAAGUUUUCCGCAGAGCUCUCACUCAAAAAGAUUCAACCCCCAAGACGUCCUGCUCGAAAGCAAUCCACCGAGGCUUCAUCACCAUUUCUCCCGUCAUUGUGCACAGUGCGACCGAAUGGAACGACACCAACAGGCCCCGCAAGUGGACCCGCCAUGCCCGGCCGCCACAUGCUCCAAGGGUGAGCUGGCCGAAGAAAGCUUAGUUGGCUCAAAAACUACAUGAUAGGUAUACACAUAUUUUAGUAACAACAAAAGAAAGUUGCACUCAUAUUAAGAAAACCACUACUAGCAAGAACUUCUUUAAACGAGUUAGUUGGCUGCGCAG